AUGCACAACAUUGAUGAAAACACAUUGCUGCACCGUUGGUUUCAGCAGCAGCCGCCGGCUCAGAGGAAGAUGGUAGCGUCGAAGAAGCUCAUGAAGGUGGGGCCGUGGGGCGGCGCCGGCGGGAACCCGUGGGACGACGGCGGGCACACGGGGAUCCGCAGCAUCACCCUGUCGUACGACAGCCGCUGCGUCGACUCCAUCAGCGUGGAGUACGACAGGAACGGCCUCGCCGUCCCCGGCGAGCGGCACGGCGGCGCCACCGGCAGCCUCACCACCCAGAUCAAGCUGAGCUUCCCGGACGAACACCUGACGGCCGUGAGCGGCCGGUACGGCCCGGUGGCGCCCGGCGGCUCGCCUGUGAUCCGGUCGCUGGCCUUAAGGACGGAGCGAGCGGCGUACGGUCCGUUCGGCGCCGCCGCCGGGGAGGGCAUGCCGUUCGAGUUCGCCGUGGAGGGCGGCGUGGUGGUGGGGUUCUGCGGGAGGAGCGGGUGGCAGCUGGACGCCGUCGGGAUGUACGUGGCGGCUCUGCGGCCGGAGAGGGUGUACGACAAGGUGCAGAAGAUGGGUAUCAUGGCCUACCGCUCGUUCAUGCAGCGGCUUGGGCCGGCGCCGGCGGCGCAGCACCAGCAGGACGAGCUGGAGGAGCAGGGGACGGUGCAGCACCAGAACGGCAGUGUGGUUCAGACAAAUCGCAAGACUUACUAGUCUGGUCGGUGGUCGCUAGCCAGAAUCGCAAAUUCAUGGCUGGGUUUCGACUUUCGAAUGAGCUUGAUACAAAGCUAGUGUACCUAAAGCGAUACGCGUAACAUGUGCUCGACGCGGUGAUUCUCCAGAGGCCCGUGAAUGUAUUAGCCGUCGACAAGAUUCGUGUGAUUGAGUUAGAUCAAUUUUCAUCA